GCGAUUUCUAAUAUUUUGUAAAUAUUUUUUUUCACGUAACAAGUCUUAACAGUUGCGUUUUUCCAAAUGUAUCAAUAUCUUAUAUAUUCAUAUUAUAUUAGAUAUUAAUACAUUUCUAAUAUAAAAUGAACUGAGCAGUUUAGCGGUAGCUGUUGGGCCAAGACGAGCAUCAUAGCUCCGCCCCCUUCGGCACACGUUCCCUUCCAUCAGUUUCAUUUCUACAAACAGGAUCCUGCCACCCGGAAGUUUCUAAUGGAUGAUGUUGGCGAUUACAGCGCGCUGAUUUGCUCGUCCGUCGAGACUGUGUGUCUGGCGUCCGCUGAAGCUAGAGCCGGGGAUGCGAGGCUGUCUGAGUCCCCCAUUAGCGUCCUCCAGCAUGAAGAAGAGAAGCGCUUGACGGGAUCUCGGUGAAGGCAGCGUGAUAUCGGCAGGAUGCUCCGGCUGUUCGCGGCUCUGGUCAUCGUCGGGCUGCUGCUCGCCUGCUUCACUUCCUGGCUGUUUGACAGCUAUGACAGCGCCUGGCACCCGAAGCGCAGUUUAGACCCCUCCAGGGACGCUGGCCCUCCGUACCCCGGCGGUCGGCUGGACGGGGUGUUCUGGUUCGUGCAGGUUUCGGACAUCCACAUCAGUCGUUUCCACGAUCCCAGGCGCAUUCCAGACUUCGAGAAGUUCUGCAGUGACACCAUUGACGUGAUAAAACCCGAUCUUGUGCUGGCCACAGGGGACUUAACGGAUGCGAAGACCGAGAGUAAGAUGGGCUCUCUUCAGCAUGAAGUGGAGUGGCAGGCCUACCACAACGUCCUUAAAAGAUCACGAGUGCUGGAACGAACAAAAUGGAUCGACAUUCGAGGAAACCAUGAUGCCUUUAAUAUUAUUUCACUGGAGAGCGUGAACAAUUAUUACAGGAAAUACUCUGCCAAUCAGAAAGUUGGAUCCUUCCAUUACAUCCAUAGAACUCCUUUCGGGAACUACUCUUUUAUCUGUGCCGAUGCCACUCUGACCCCUGGACCCAAACGGCCCUAUAACUUCUUUGGAAUUGUCAAUCAGGCUCAGAUGGACAUGUUGGCGACCUUUAGAGAGGAGAGUUUGAGCAGUAACAAGUCCAUCUGGUUUGGACAUUAUACCACAUCUACUAUCAUCUCCCCCUUCCCAGGAAUCCGAGAGCUCAUGAGUGCAUCUGUGGCGUAUUUGUGUGGGCACCUACAUACACUAGGAGGCUUCAUGCCGGUGCUGCACAGUCGACAUCAAGGAGGUACGCUAGAGUUGGAGCUGGGAGACUGGAUGGACAACCGCAGGUACAGGAUAUUGGCUUUCGACCACGACCUGCUUAGUUUCACCGACGUGACGUUUGAGGACUGGCCAGCUGUGCUGAUCACCAAUCCCAAAGACGCCCAGUACCUGCACCCCGGGGUGGAGCCCCUGGGUCGUAUCCGCCGUUCCACGCACAUCAGGCUCCUGGUCUUCUCUGAAUCUCCGAUCACAGCUGUGCAUGUGAAUGUGGAUGGAGUUUCGGUGGGAAAAGCAUUUAGCGCAGGGGGUCCUUUAUACGUGCUCCAAUGGGACCCAACGCUAUACACUACCGGAUUGCACACUAUCAGAGUUAAAGUGGAGGACUCUGCAGGUCGCUCAAAAGUGCGCGAGCAGCAAUUUACACUGGAGGAACACCUGACUCCCAGCUUCGGCUUCAUGCAGUCUUUCAUCCUCCUUACAGACCACUACAUACUGGCACGGAUUGCCUUUGUGGGCAUAGUGUUACUAAACCUUGCUGGGCUUGUGCUCUUCAGAUUUAUGCCUGUAUCUUCUACAAGAGGAUUGUCUUCUCAAGCGUGGACGUCUCUGCAUCUCGUCAGUAAAAGCAACACGUUUUUCUAUUGUCUGCUGCUGUUCAACCUGUGUACAGCAUUAGGUCCAUGGUUCGUUGGGGAAGUCAUCGAUGGACACAAUGGAGCCUGCUUUGCUUUCGGCGUGAUUGUGGACGGCCAUUUCCUCGAAGGCAGUCUUACCUAUGUCGUGGGAGUCAUACAGGUGCUCUUCUUCAAUAUGCCUCUCACCUAUUACCUCUGCUGGAGUCUUCACCACAGGUGUCGCGGAACCAGUUUCCGCUCGCAUUUCUACCGGCCGUGCAGCCGCUGGAGGACUCUGGCGAUGCACACAGGCAUGCUGGUCCUCAUGAUCUGGCAGGCUUAUUCUUGCUACUUCCUGCUGGAGACCUACGGGCCGCUGGCGUUCUUCCUCUCUCCCGUACGUACCUGGGCCCUGCUCAUGGGUCUGCUGUUGGUGUACAGGGCAUGGUGGGGAACACCUCCUAACUUCUCCAUUGGCAACCGGCCAUCGUGACGGUGACAGUCAAAGAGAGGCCUUCACCUGUGUCGUUGUUUCGUGCCAAGCUCUUCCCUCCAUUCACCGUUGUCUUCACGGUCACCGGAUUGCCAAUCGUUGCCAUUACACAUUAGGAUAGAGAAAAUAGUCUUUAGUUAAUAUGGAGCGAUGAUGGCGUCACACGUGGAUGACGGAGCCGUUUCAAACGUGGCUCUGAUCCUUCUUUGACACUAAGACAUGUCGGUAGUUUUUUCCCGCCGUUGUGAACCCAAGCAGUGUUGAAGUCCAGGUGUGUGUGUGUGUGUGUGUGUGUGUGUGUGUGUGUGUGUGUGUGUGUGUGUGGUUGAGCAUAUUACUUUGAUAAACUGCGCAUCAUGUACAGUACUCGACCAAUUAUGUUUGUUUUUAUUUGUGAGGAGCAAUCAAGAAAGAAAUAAGACUGCCUGAUAUUUUUAAUGUUUCUGCAUGAAACUGCCACCAAAUUACUCAUAUUGUUUUAAUGCAUAUAAACUGCACUGUAAUUAGGGGAUGAUAUCAUUUUUUUUUUUUACACCUGUAGACAAGGUAUAGUAUGUAAAGGAUGUAAGAAGGGAUGAAGUCGGUUAUUGCUGGCUGUAAUUUAUUUUAGCCAUUAAUGAAAGUAGUUCCAAAAGAAGCCAAAGCAUCAAGCUUUGCAUGUCAGAAAGAAACACAGAUUUAAACUGUGCCUCGGCCAAUCAGAUUUGACCAGGGGUGUCCAAUCCAGCUCUUUGAAAGCUAAUAUCGGUUUUGCUCUAGAGAAGUCAUUAACGAUAAUCGGUUCUAAUUUGCUGAACAAAAGCGAACAGUAGCUUUUAAAAUUAUUUAUUUAUGCUAAUCACUAACAUACAUUAUAAGAAAUUUCUGCAGAGGGAGCCUACAGCCUGGUGAUUGUUUUUACAAUUUACUGCACAAUCUAAUCCUUGUUUAAUAUUCUUUUAGUUUGCUUUUAGUUUAAGUAUCCUGUUUUUAAUUUUUUUAUAUAUUUACGGAUGAAAUCCUAAUGCAAAUUUAAAUUUGUAGACACUAUUUCACACUUGCUUGAAGGUUUCUAGUGAGUUGGAAGAACCGGAGCCAUAAAUUUAAUCCAUAAAAUGCAUUACUUAGUUAUGUUAAAUUAGGGUUGGACAUAAACUCUGCACAACAGAGGCACUCCAGGAACUGAAUAUGACACCCCUGGAUUAAAUGAUCUCUAAUGACUAGAUGACCGUGCAUUAUCCUACCUAUAACACAUUACUUAAAAGUCUGUGUGAACCGAUUUUGAAUCUGUAUUGUGAUAAGUUGACCCAACUUAAAAUUCUGAGAAAACUCAAAUCUAAGCUGGUUGCCUUAAAAUUUUAAGUUGGCUCAACUUUUCAUUUUUAUCUUUUAUAUUUAUAGUGUACUGUGAAUUGAUUGGAUAUAGUAAAGUAGACGUUUCAUUCAAAAAUGAUUCUCAAUGGCUCUGUGAACGCCGACCGUUGGAGGGGCGUGGCUAGUGAUGUCACGCUCGUGCCCUAGACAUCAAAUUGACAUCAUCAGAGAAGGCCGUCAUUUUAGAACGGAGGAACUUUUUCAGAUUCGGAUUAACGAUUACGAAGGCAAACAAAUGUUUUUGUAGAUUGACUUGCAUUUUUGUUCACCACAAAAAUAACGAUGUGUGCUAACUAAAUGAAAAUAGUCCGUCUUGAUUUCACGCGGACUUUAACAAAAUAAUUCUUGAAUUUGAGCUUUUUUUUAUUUUAUUGCUAGAAUAAAAUGAUGAUAAAUUAUGAAAGUUGCAUUAUGAUAAAAGGGACAAGAAAAUUGCUUUGGAUGUUGUUCAGCUGUAUACUUCGACACAGAAUGCCAGCAUUGACAAGAAUUAAAGGGAUAGUUCCAAAAAUGAAAAGUUAUGUUACCAACCUAUGACAACGUUUUGAAGUAGGAACGUUUUUUUGGAACGGACUUUUAAAGGAGGGUCGAACAUCUUUCAGUAAUCAGUAAAAACCUCUUUAUAUUCGUUUCAAAUAUGAACGAAAGGGUUUGGGUCGACAUGAGCAUGAUGAACUAACCCUUUAAGUAUUUCUAAGAGCUGUUUUGGUGUGGCCUCUUUCCUGCACGACUACGUUUUAUCCACUGUCUCACAGUGUAAGAACUUUCUUUUUGAGCACCAGUUAUCUGAUCAUACAUAUUCAAAUACAUAUUCCAAAGGACGAAACCACUAUGUUUAUAUAGAUGAGCGUGAAUGUUAAACAGUUUUGUCGCACAAAGUUAACACAUUUAAUAAUGGCCACUUAAACACAUGCUGAAGAUUAAAGCCAGACAUUUUGGAUGGCUCAAGGGAACAUCCCAAUGUAGCAUAUAGACAAAAGACACCGAACACGUGGAAAUAAUCAGAUGUGCACAAUUCUGUUACGUGUUUAUUAGAGAAAUAACGUUGUGAAGCAGCCCUUUUAUAGUUGGUUUUUCACAGUCGCACACCACACAAACAACCUAAGGACACAAUGGCCGUCAGUUAGUUUGAAAAGAAACUAUGUUGUCAUUGAGGUCUGUCUUUUUUUGCCCUCAUAAUCCACUUGACAGGUGACAGAAAGAGCUGUGACAAGAGUUUCUGGCGGAUUCACUGACAUUCCUGCUGUUUCAGGUCACUCAAGGUCUCUGUUGUCUCUCAGGAAAGUAAAGACUUGAACAAUAGGCUGCUCUAGUUUGUCUUUCAAUGCCCUGAAUGUUAUUUUGAAAGAGAUUUGUUGCAGUUUUAAGGCACAUGAAAGCGAGGACGAACCUUUUCGAAAGAUUCCACAUUUACUCGGUAUGUUAAUCUAGAUUUGUGGUGAACUAAUAGGACUUUGAAUGUUUGAUGAUGAAAUAUCUGCUUAUAUGUGGUUUGGUUUUAAUUACUGUAUUUAAUUUUUUUUUACUUUAUUAUGUAUUAUGUUAAUGUAUUCAUCCACAUUGAUAUCGUAAUGUAUAUUCCUUCCAGUUGUUCUGCACUGUUUUAUGGGCAUUCUGGGUUUCUGUGGUCACGUGGCUUUUGUAGUUCCACUCAUGUCGGAAAGUGCUGUUCAUACUUGUUUUGUGGGAGGCCCAAAAUAAUUCUUUUCAGUGGACAAUGAAUACAUAUUUACUUGGAAUUUAAUCAGAAUUUGCUUUUAAAAAUCGGCUUCACCACAACACGCGUCCAAAAAAUGUAUUCUUUAUUCCGUUUUAUAGCUGACAAUGUUGUUUUCCCACAUGAAAUGACCUCAAUUUAUAUUUGUCAUGUUUCUGCGACUCUGAAUCAUCUUGCAUUGGAAUUGAUUUAUCUGGCUGUAUUUAUGUACAACAAAGUAAAGGGGUUUCAUAUUGUGACAUA